AUGUUAAUGGACUCAAAUACCUUCGUUGUUUUAGAUGGCCAGGCCUCCCUAUGGCUUCGGUUGAAUGAGUCGUGCCUUAACAUAUUGACGACGUUUAUAACUGGCUUGAACAAAGCUAAUAAGCAGCUCACUACCGAGCACUUUUCAAUGAAUGGUAAGUGGGCGUUGAUUCGCACUUUUCGCGCUCAUCUUCUUUUCGACCGCAGCUUGGACUUACCAAAUGCUUCAGAUUCAUUUUCAAGACUGCCAAUUUUCCGAUAUUUUAUGCGAGAAAUACCGUUCGCACCUACGUGGCGUCUCUUUAGUUCCGGUGGAACAAACCAAGUGGUGGACAUAUGGAGUACUACGCAGGAGUCUCAUCAAACGGGUCAGGCUGUUAUUUGGGCCACAGAGAUUCUUGGAAUUCUGACUCUUUCAUCGUACACCGAAGAUCGUUUGGGAACAGUGCAAUCCUCCCUUGGACGGAUAUUGAGUACGAUAGACGAAUCCUUGGAGGGUAUGGAGCUCCACUUUAACCUGGUUGGUCUUUCACUUUCCUAUGGCGGCUUGACGGCAUCCAAGUUUGGAACGCACUGUCAGAUUCCUAGUCCAACGGUACAUGAAAAGGAAAACGCGAGGACGAUUGACGCCUACAGGUACGCAUCGGAUAUUAACCUUCCAUGGCGCAUUCACGCAACAUUGCGUUGGGCUUUGGUCUCGUGUGUCCGGCGCUUCGGCGAUCACCUUAGGUACGAGUGGACCGCCCAAAGUUGCAAAUUCUGCACUUUUAAGAUCUUUCAAACGUUAGAGACCUUUAACUUUCAAACGCUUGCUAAAUGA